GUCCGCGUCAAGUCCCCGGAUGCUCACCUCCCCGACUCGCCCCCGCUGUGGCCCCGCCCCCGCGCGGCUCUUCGUGCCACGUCACCGCCUGCGUCGCUUCCGGAGGCGCAGCGGACGAUGACGUAGAGGGACGUGCCCUCUAUAUGAGGUUGGGGAGCGGCUGAGUCGGCCUUUUCCGCCCGCUCCCCCCUCCCCCCGAGUGCCGCUCCGGCUGCACCGCGCUCGCUUCGAGUUUCAGGCUCGUGCUAAAGCUAGCGCCGCCGUCGUCUCCCUUCAGUCGCCAUCAUGAUUAUCUACCGGGACCUCAUCAGCCACGAUGAGAUGUUCUCCGACAUCUACAAGAUCCGGGAGAUCGCGGACGGGUUGUGCCUGGAGGUGGAGGGGAAGAUGGUCAGUAGGACAGAAGGUAACAUUGAUGACUCGCUCAUUGGUGGAAAUGCCUCCGCUGAAGGCCCCGAGGGCGAAGGUACCGAAAGCACAGUAAUCACUGGUGUCGAUAUUGUCAUGAACCAUCACCUGCAGGAAACAAGUUUCACAAAAGAAGCCUACAAGAAGUACAUCAAAGAUUACAUGAAAUCAAUCAAAGGGAAACUUGAAGAACAGAGACCAGAAAGAGUAAAACCUUUUAUGACAGGGGCUGCAGAACAAAUCAAGCACAUCCUUGCUAAUUUCAAAAACUACCAGUUCUUUAUUGGUGAAAACAUGAAUCCAGAUGGCAUGGUUGCUCUAUUGGACUACCGUGAGGAUGGUGUGACCCCAUAUAUGAUUUUCUUUAAGGAUGGUUUAGAAAUGGAAAAAUGUUAACAAAUUUGGCAAUUAUUUUGGAUCUAUCACCUGUCAUCAUAACUGGCUUCUGCUUGUCAUCCACACAACACCAGGACUUAAGACAAAUGGGACUGAUGCCAUCUUGAGCUCUUCAUUUAUUUUGACCGUGAUUUAUUUGGAGUGGAGGCAUUGUUUUUAAGAAAAACAUGUCAUGUAGGUUGUCUAAAAAUAAAAUGCAUUUAAACUCA